AUGUGCUGGUUUGUUCUACAACACGCACUCUGCGGUCACCACGAGCCGAAGCUUUUGGCAGGACCGUCGUGCCGCCCUAUAUUCGAACAGCUCCAGCGCAUCCACGACGCGAUUUCCGGGACGCCGGGCUCAGUUCCGCAGACAGAUAUUCAGAUCCCGUUCCAGAUGGACCCACGGACGUGUGAGCCUAAUGCAGGAAACACGGUGGUUGUGGGGAUGUGGUGCGGCUGGGAGUGCCGCAACACGUUCGAUCCCAUGGGCGUGAUCGAAGGCAUGGGUAUGCGGUGGUCCCACUCGGAAUUGCUGGAGGGCGGAGGGGAGGAAGUCGUCAGUGCUCAUGCCGGGAUGGGAGAGCCGGGGGCUAGGUUUGGGGAGCCCAGGCUGGGCAUUGGCUGGCGGGAUUGA